AAUUCUCGUCCGUUCGUUCGACGACAUAGUUUCAUUAGUAAGCAAUCGGCUAAGAGAGAGGAUCGUUCCCGACCAAGCGAACAACCGAAACUUCCUCGAGAGUUCUUGUCAUCAGCGUGGACCGGAGGAAUGGGUGAUAUCACGACAUCUGAGUUCGUUGUGGACGAAGUCAGUACCGUCAUUCGAGAGGCCGUGGAACAAAUCAUCGGUGGCAACAUCUACCAAGCGUCGAAAGUCCCCCAAUGGACCAACACCACCGUUGAGCACAUACUGUCUCAGUUGACGAAGCAGAACAAGCAAUUGAAAUAUGUCGUCACUUGUGUCAUAAUGCAGAAGAAUGGCGCAGGUCUGCACACUGCAAGUUCCUGUUUCUGGGACAAUACGACGGAUGGGAGCUGCACCGUUCGGUGGGAAAAUAAAACCAUGUACUGUAUGGUUUCCGUCUUCGGACUAGCCUUUUAAGCAAAGUCAUUUUGUUGAGGUUGUUCGUCAGUGCAACACUUUUGAUGAGGAUAUUUAGAGAUGCUCUUGGUCAAGAGCAGUCAUCCACCUAUGAGAAUCAUUCAGCGGCCAAUCAAUGCACAGAUCUUUAUGUAUAAAUAAAUAAUAAAUGAAGCCGGAAUAGUUCACGAAUUUCAGUUCGGGCACCGCUAAUAUAAAUCAUACGUUUCCUGAUCGUCGAUCAGUAUCGUUGGCGGAUUAUUAGGUGUUCAUUGAGUUGUUUGGAGAAUAAAUGGCUUCUGCGA